GUUGACCAGAGCAGCAGUAUGGCCGACCAGAGCAGGCAAAUUAAACUCGCUGCAGCUAAGAAAAAGCUGAAGGAGUUCCAGCAGAAGAGCUCCCCUGCUAGUGUAGGAGGAGAAAAGGGUGGUGGAGGAGUAGGAGGUGGAGGUGCAGGGGCCAAGAAGAAGAGGAAAGUGAAGGGGCCGAACCAACACGAUGCACCUUCACAAGACAGAAACUCUCCGGUCAAUACAUUUGCCAACAUGGAGGUCGUGGGCUCCUCAGAUCCCCCGCUGCUGGAGGACCCAUCGGCCGAGCCUGGUCGCAACUCACCCGUGUCUAACACCGCUAGCGCUAACACUACUACUAACUCAGAGUCUGCCGGUCACAACGCUGACCUGCAGGACUAUCCUGAUACCAACGGCAAUGAAAGCUUAACAGAGGAAAAUAGACCAUUGUCUUCCACAGAGAGCCUGCGACAGCUCUCCCAGCAGCUGAACGGCCUGGUCUCUGAGACAACUGCUGCUUAUGUAAAUGGAGAUGGAGCACCUUCUGUCAGUGAAAGAGAACUGGAGAGUCGGAACCAGGAGCUGGCAGCCGCCCUGGAGUCCAGCAACCUAACAAACUCUCAGCUCAAUACCAAGCUAGACCAGCUGGUUCAGCAAUCUCAAGGGCUUUCAGAUCAGCUGCAAAAGGAGCGAAAAGAAUUUGAACAGAGAUUUUCAAAGGAGCAGGGAGCCAUGCGGGAGCAAUUACAGGUUCACAUCCAGACCAUUGGCAUACUGGUAUCAGAGAAAUCAGAGCUGCAGACAGCACUGCAAUACACACAACAGGCUGCACGGCAAAAAACAGGAGAGGCAGAGGAAUUGAAUAACCGUCUGCAGGCAACAAAACAGAGGGUGUCAGAGCUGGAGAGAACACUUUCUUCUGUAUCAACACAACAAAAACAGUUUGAAAAGCACAACAAAGAGUUUGAAAAGGAGAGAGACAGCCUGAGAUUAGAGGUGUUUAGACUAAACAAUGUGUGUGAGGAGUCAAAGCAGCAGAGCUCCGAGCUGUCUGAGCAGUUGCGGCUCAGGACGGAGGAAAACGGAGCAAUGAGGCUGGAGGUAGAAGAUCUCCGCAAGAGGCUUGAAAUUGCAGACCUCAUGCUGCAACAGUGUUCCAGCCAAUCAGAUCCCUCCAGUGCCAGCCAACAGGUCCAGUUGCUGAUGGAAGAGAAGCAGCAGCUAGAGGCACACAAUCACCAGCUGAUGGAGUCAAUAGCCCAGCUGCAGACAGAGAGGGACGUCUAUGCAGGGCAGAUCCAGGAGGAGGGGCGUGUUUGGAAGGACAAAACAGAACAGCUCCUAACACAGGUGUCUCUGGUUGCAGAAGAGAGGGAUAGAAAUAUCAACAGAGUCCAAGAACUAGAGGCUAGCAUUGCAGAGCUAAAAAAUGCUACAGCUCUGUUGUCUCAGGAGAGCCAUGCUCAAAAAGAGGCCGAGCCUCAGUCCUCGGGGCCAUCAGAGAAUGAAGUGGCUCUGCAGGAGGCCCUCAGCACUGUACAACAGGAAAAAGACGCUUUAACUGCACAGUACCAGGCACAGCUCCGAGAUAACGAGCAGCUGAGUCGACUGUGUGCAGAGCAGGAGACGCGUCUGGGAGAGCUGGAGCGGCAGGUGGAGAGCCAGGUUCAGGAGGCAGAGGACCGCAGGCGCAUGUUAGAGGAUGUUCAGUCAGACAAGGCGACUAUUAGCCGUGCUCUCACCCAGAACCGCACACUGAAGGACCAGCUGGCAGAGCUACAGAAUGGUUUCGUCAAACUGACUAAUGAGAACAUGGAGCUAACCACUGCCAUCCAGUCAGAGCAACAUGUGAAAAAAGAGCUAGCUCGCAGAAUGGGUGAAUUACAAGAGGACCUGCACAACGUCAAGGAACAGCUUGAAGUCAAAUCUAAGGAGACUCAGGGUCUGAUGGAGCAGAGGGAGCAGUUAGUGGCCCACCUGCAGCAGUACUCCGCAGGCUACCAGGCUAUGGCCUCAGAGCGGGAACAGCUCCACCACCAGUACCUGCAGCAGGUUCAGCUCAUGGACCGGCUCCAACACGAUGAAAGUCAAGGCCGUGUGCAACUGGAGAUCAGCCACAAUCAGCUCAAACAGGCCCAGGAGCAUUUAGAGUUGUUGGUCAGAGACAAUGAGCAGCUGAAGGCUGAAGUGAAGGAGCUGCUCAAUAGUUCAGCUCUCAGUCCGUCAUCCAGAGACCAAGGCGAUGGAGUGGAAAGCCAAUCCCUACAAGAGAGCCCAAAGAAGUCUUCCUCCAUAGUUAUCCCAGAAGACUUUGAGAGCCAGAAGGAGAUGGAGGAGUUUAUAAGAGGAGCCUUGGCUGAGUUGGAGGCGGAGAGGGAUGAGGCCAAGAGGCAACUGGAGGAGGAGCACCGGCUCCACAUGGCAGCCCGGCACCAGGCCACUGUGGCUCUCAGUCUUCAGCAACAACACCAGAGCCAUCAUUCUGUUCAUGACCAUCAUCAGGAGCACGAUCACUCUCAGGACCACCACAGUCACUGUGAACACAGCCAUGAACAUUCAGAUGGAGGAGUACCAGUGGAAGUUCAUCAGGCCUUGCAAGCUGCAAUGGAGAAGCUUCAGCAGCGUUUCACCUCCCUCAUGCAAGAGAAAGCAGACCUUAAAGAGAGGGUGGAGGAGCUGGAGCAUCGCUGCAUCCAGCUGUCUGGAGAGACCGACACUAUAGGAGAGUACAUUGCCCUGUACCAGAGUCAGCGGGCCAUCAUGAAGCAGAAACACCAGGAAAAAGAGCAGUACAUCAGCAUGCUGGCCCAAGACAAAGAAGAGAUGAAGGCGAAGCUGGCAGAGCUGCAGGAUCUGGUGAUGAGGUUGGUUGCUGAGAGGAACGACUGGUACAGCCGCUACACUGGAGCUGUGUCAGGCACAGGAACAGUGAACCCUGACCUGCUUCCUGCCGGGGAGGAUCACACACACCCAGAGCACCAAGCACGCACACACCCAGAGCUGAACGCUGUCAGUGGAGCAGAUGUCAUGGAGGUCAUUCCUCUGACAGAUUCCACCACAGGAUCUGAAGCUCCACCAUCACAAACCAUUUCCACUGGCUCGGCUCAGUCUGACUCGAAGCCUCUGGGGCCUAAAGAAGAUGGCACGGCCCAGCAAAUCAUGCAGCUCCUCCAGGAGAUCCAGAACCCCCAGGGGGCGCCAAGAUCACCCCCGUUCCUUGGCGAGAACCCCUGCAUCCCUUUCUUCUACCGACCAGACGAACAGGAUGAAGUGAAGAUCCUGGUGGUGUGAGGUGUGUGUGUGCCAGAGGCCGUAUGUGUGUGAGAGAUAAUGGACAUGUCUUGAAGUCUUGGGAGAAAUAAACACCACAGUUUCUUAUUUAUCACAGUCACAAACACUUUAAGAACUUUAACACCAUGCAAAACUGGUCACAGGAAUGUGAAUGGUCAUUUACAUUCAGAAGCCUCCUCUCUGUUCUGUGUGGGUGCAUUGUUAGAAAGACAGAUUUGUUUGUUUUAUUUUUGUCCAAGUUACUCGUCCCGGAGAUGAGAUAAUCAGUAUUCCUUUAGGCAGUCUGAUUAUCCUCCUUACCACAAGUUUCUCAUCCCCUCUUUCGUCUCCCAUCUUACACACAAGUGCAAUAAAGGGGCCGUAUAAACCGUCCCCUCACUGAUACAGUACUGAAAGAGCUGUAAGAUAGAAGUAGCCUACUGGUGUGCAAAGUAAAUCUCAGUUUUUACACAAUUCACUGUACAAAUGCCAAAAAAGAGCAUCACGUUUGAAUGUAAUAGACUGAUAAUAUACGUGUGAAAUGCAAGGAGAAGUGAUGAAAAUGUAAGAGAUAAGAGGUGAGAUUUAAAUGAAAGUCAGUAAAGAAACUUAGUGCACAUAAUAGCUUUCAAAAUAAAGCGCUGUUCUGUUGGAAAGUCAAGAACGUGGCGGUUCCAUGAUCGGGUUCAGGAAGACGAAGGCAGGUGUAACAGAUUGGUACUUUCCUUCUUGUCUAUGUUGUUGUUUUUUCAUCCGAACACUGAAAUAAGACGUUUGUACAGUGCAAAAUGCUAAUAUAUGUGAAACUUGAGUGUUGUCAGAGAAAUCACCGCUGUUACAAAAAGGUGGUUUCUGUCAUUGAGGGGGAUGGAUGAAUUUGAAGACCCCAUGAAGAAGAAACACACAGUAGAUGGAAUUUUUAGGGUAUUAUAUUCUAAAUAAUAUAGCUCUCCACACUUUUGUAUCCUCAACUUUGACUUUAUCUUUAAUCUUUUUGUGUUCCAGAUACAAUUGCACAGUGGCAUGAUGAAGCUUGGCGCGAAAAUUGUUGUUUCUGCACCUCAAUUCGUCUUUCGUCGUCAUAUUUUUUGUAUUUAGGAGGCAUUUCUAUGCCUCUCAUACUUGAGCUCCACCUUCUGUUUCAAGGGGUCUUUUUCCAAACACUAUAAAAAAAGGCAGGUCUUUUCUGUUACGUUUGCUUGCAUUUUUCCACAUAUCAAAGAUCAAAUCCUGCACAUCCUUUACAACUGGACUGAAUGAGUGUGUACGUGAUGAUCCAAACAGUUCCCCCUUUUUUCAACCGAAGUUGCAUCUGUUGUAAUUUUUUUUGUAGAGUUCUAUCAAAUAAUAUGAGUAUGAUUGCACCAAAACUGUACAAAGCUUCUCAUUCUGUCCUCUAAAGAGACGUUUUCCACCACAGAGCCUCUUAUUAACAUCUGUGGAGGAGGAGAGGAAGCCCAUGAAGCCAUUUGGCUAGGCUGAGGUUUCCAAGUGAAGCAAUUAGUGUGUUUAUGUGUGCAGUGUUGCACUUUGAGGAUGAAGUAGGAAGGUUUGUAAAUAUGAGAAGAUGUAACAAGAUUGCUCACUGCAAAAAGUUGUUGAAUAAUUCCUGAGAGUGAGGGACCAAUCAGGAUUUAAGAAAAUGAACAACUCUGCAAAACAGGAAAAUUAAACGAGUCAGUGUUUUUUUUUUUUGUUUUUGUUUUUUUUUUUCCCGAGACUGAUCUUUUUUGGGCAUUAAGACAAGAAAUGAGAUCUGAUCUUAAACAACUUCAUGUUUAAUGAUAUCACAACUGCAAGAGAGGGACAGUCAUAUUCACAAAUAUUGAUUGAAGCCCUUUUCCCUUUGACUAAUUUCUUAACAUUUUAGAUUAAACCAUAACCAAGGCUCAGUCCCAAUGCACCCCUUGCCUCUACUCUUUUGCUGUACCUUUAUGUUUUGCACAUAAAUUCUUGUCAGAAGAGGCCCGAGAUAUACUUUUCAUUUCACCUUGUGUUUGCAUACAAGUCUAGCGGAGUCAUUAGCGUUCCUGUAAAUAUACUUACCUAUAUGCAAAACUGCAGGGCACAUAAGAGAGCCCAGGCCGUGUAGAAGUACCUGAUGUGUGGGAUGUAAACUAACACAUGGAAACAGUGAAUACGGUGAUGUUUUGAGCUCAAAACUAUUGUUAUCAAAGUUAGUGAUCAAUAGAAACAUCCAAAAAGCUCAGACUGAUGACUGGUGGUCAGAUCAGUCCGUCUGAACUCAGUUUCUUCAGUAUUUUCCUCCAUGCACCGAUGUAAUGCUCCCUGGUGUAUAGGUUCUUAGCUGAUGAUGUUACACAUCUGCAGAGAACACCCCUUGCGGGGCAAGAAGUGAUUUCUACAUAGAGAAACUCUGUCAAAAAGGCCACAUUUUGAGCUGUUUGUAACUAUGGCAAGCAUUCAAAGUGUGAACAGAUGGACAUUCUUAAUUCUUAAGCUACAUUUGUGUCCUGAGAGUAGUUAAAUAUUUAGGCAAAACAUUUGAAAAGUUAUUAAAAAGUAACAGAGAAACAGCGACGGAGGAUUUUUUAAAAAGCCGCCGUCUUUAAAACUUUGCUGAGCAGAGUCAUACAAAGCUGGUAUGGUCAGUUUCCACAAAGCGGAUAACUUCAGUUCAGUAUAGUGUUUACUCAGCUGAUGUCUCUCCAGCCUCUCUCGGGACAUGAAAUCCAUCUCUUUUAAGAGAUCCAGAUCAUAUGGCUAGCUGGUUGUUUGGCUCCCAAACAGCUCUUCAUUUGGUAACAGUUUGGCCUUUUAAAUGUGGAUUAAUUAACCAAAAAGUAAGGAGGAAAGGAAAUUGGCACUUAAACAGGAGCUAGCUAUCACGGCUAACAUAAAAGAGCCAUUUUGUAGCACAGGCUCAUUGACGAACAGCACAUCAUUACUCGGUCGCUCACCCUUCUCAUCACCGUUUCAAUGAAAAACUCAAAUUUCCAAAUGAGGAUUUUUUUUUAACUGUUAAAGGGGCUCAGCUAGCCUUUUAGCUUACUAUAAGUCUCUUCAAGACGCUAGUUUGCCUUUAUCUGGCUUUACAAAGCUAGGAGGUCUGCAGGACUGAGUAAAUUGGGAUAUUGAUCGCUACCACGGCAGGUAAAUCAGUUAAACUGUGGUAAAAAAUCUCUGUUUUGUAAAGUGUAGGAAUUGCACUCAAUGUAAACAGAAAUUUUGUGAUGAUGGAGGUUGAUUUAGAGCUGUAAAGUACUAACUUUCCUCCGUUUCUAUUCAUUCCUUAAGGCUAUCCCCCACUACCUGACCCCAAUGGGCAUUCUGGAUCACUUGGUUGCAAACAACCUAUUUGUUUUAAUUAGUGACUGUGUUAACUGGAGUCUUCCAGCCAACUGCAUUUGCACAUGUCAUUGUUACAGCAGCUAAUGAAAAGCAAAGGAUCACUAGUUUUCACGGUGACUUUUUAAAAACACCAAUCUUUAAGGUCAGCCUCUAAAACAGACUUUCUGUCCCAGCUGCUUUAAAAACUUGUCUCUGUGAAGUGACGGUAACACAUUGUAAAAAUGUAGAGGAUUGUGGACUUUGUUUACCAGUUUGUCUUUGUUGUUGUCGCUGCUGCUGUGUUGAUCGUCACACCUUCUCCAUUUCCAUGCUUCUACUACACACGUAUACCACAUAUCUUGUUUCUGUGUUGCAUUAAUUUUUUGAGGACGAGCACAGCUGAUGCAAGGGACACGUAGCAGCCCUGAUACGUCUGCGUCCAUGUCCACGUAGUUAACAGGAAGUAUAUCUCUGGCCAUGGAGGGGUAGGGUGAAAUGCUCAGGGUUCAUGGCCCUUUAAAUAAAGGUUUCCCAGAAGCACACUCCAAACAGAGUGCUGUGGGAAAUCUUCUACCUUCAUAAAGUAUGAAGGUCUUGAGGGGCCGCCCCAUUUUGUAGGGGAAGCCACUACACCUUAUAGCUCUGUUUCAAGGGGCAAGGGGUCACUCAGAAACGUAUAAAUGGGACUGAGCCUUUUAAUCGCUUCAUGAUUUUGAAAUGCCUUUCAAGGCUCUCAUUUCUACCUUUUGUUUUUCCCUCUGACUUGGAAGUCUAUGAAUUUCAAUACCUCUUGCGUUUACCUUGAAUUAGAGGACACUUUAGUUAAAUUAUUUUUGCACACUUGGUAUUGAUCACUAAAAAAGCAUUAGUGCAAAUUCUAGUAGUUGAGGCCUAUUAUAUAAGCCAAAAUGUGUUUAAAUCUUAAUGUGGAGGCCAUUCUGUAUGUAAUCGAUGCACUGCAUCUUCCCUGAACAACAGCGCUUUGGUGUAAGCACUGUGCUUGCUGCCAUUUUUGAUUUAAAAUUCCUUGCUUAUAGCAUUCUUCCCCUCCUUGAUUUUCUUUCAAACAGCCACGAAAUCAGACUUUUCCUUCAUUUUGUAUUUGGGAGUGGUUGUACCAAAAGAGAUAAAUAUACAAUAGAAUCAUAGUGUUACUUCGGGGCUUGCAAAUUAACAAAUGUGGAUGAAAUGACUCCCCACGCUUUCUAAUUCACUGUUAAAUAUGUAAUGUGUGAUUCAAAGAAAUAGCAACGUGAAAUCAUCUAUUGUCUUUAUUGUAAAGGAGGUGGUGUAUAUACUGUAACUGUGUAACAUAUUGUAUAUUCAUUUUGCCUGGUGUGUGGGGGAAAGCUGCUCUGCCAUAUUUGCUGGCAGUGUGAAGUGUGUGUAUGUUCAGUCAGAGUCGGGGCAUUGGCGGUUGCUGACCGGCUGUGAUUUAUUACAAAGAUUGACUAAAAAAGAUAAAAUAUUCUAUUUAUUUGGAUAAGUUAGUAUCGCAACUAAUCAGUUUUAUUGUAAAAUAGAAAUGACUGAUGGAUGGAAAUGAAGGAUCUUUCACAGAACUGAUCGGUUGGAGGGUUGCUUCUGACAGAAGCUUACUGAUUUGUUUUUUCUUCCUUGAGUAAUAUUUUCUCCUCUUUUCCUGAAUAAAGCUGAUUGAGCAACUAAAA